AAAAAACCACCAACAAACAACUCCUUCCUCAAAAAGGACCAGAAGUCAUUACUACGUCGUCGUUUAUCGCCCUCCGUCGCUCCCUCUUAUAUUUGUAGUACAAUCCUUCAUAACAAUAGAACCAGACCUCCCAACCAUCAUCAGAAAAGAAAACACACACCAAAGCCUUCAUCAGAUUCGCUAAAAGCGAACACUAGGUGGAGGCAGGUGUACAUCUGAGAAGAGAUGAGGUAGUGAGAAGCUUUGAUGGAGGAUGGUAUUGUAACCUCAACUGGAGUUUGAUCCUUCCUAUCGGACCUAUUGGGGCCUACUUGCAAUGUGUAAAAAAGACUGGGGCUAUGGGUUCUGCAAAUGGCCUUGUGAAUGUCCAAAGUAAUCAACCUCUUUUUUCAUUUGGGGUCAUAACAGAUGUCCAGUAUGCUGACAUUCCCGAUGGGCGUUCAUUCCUUGGGGUUCCACGCUAUUACCGACACAGCCUUCUUGUAUUGCAAAGGGCUGUAAAGAAAUGGAACCACCGAAGGCCUAACUUCAUAAUGAAUUUUGGGGACAUUAUUGAUGGAUUUUGUCCCAAAGAGCAAUCUCUUGAUGCUGUGAAGAAACUGGUAAUGGAAUUUGAUAAUUGCAAUGGUCCCGUUUAUCACAUGAUUGGCAAUCACUGCCUCUACAAUCUCCCUCGAGAGAAAUUGCUUCCCCUUUUGAGAAUCCAUAGCCACAAUGAUCAUGCCUACUAUGAUUUUUCUCCAAUUCCUGAAUAUAGAUUUGUAAUCCUUGAUGGCUAUGAUGUCAGUGCCAUUGGCUGGCCCAAGGAUCAUCCUAAAACUUUGAAAGCCUUAAAAUUUCUAAAUGAGAAGAAUCCCAAUUCAGACAAGAAUAGUCCAAAUGGGCUGGUUGAUCUGGAGAGAAGGUUCCUUAUGUUCAAUGGAGCUGUCGGGAAAGAUCAGUUAGAAUGGUUGGAUAAUGUGCUAUCAGAUGCAACAAGGCUGAAUCAGAAAGUAGUGGUGUGCUGCCAUCUGCCUCUGGAUCCUAAUGCAUCAUCUCGUGAAGCUCUAUUAUGGAAUUAUGAUGAAGUGAUGGAAGUACUACACCGGUACAGUUGUGUCAAGGUCUGUCUAGCAGGACAUGAUCACAAGGGUGGGCAUUCAGUUGACUCUCAUGGUAUUCAUCAUCGGGUUUUUGAAGCGGCAUUGGAGUGCCCUCCAGGUACAGAUGCUUUCGGGUGUGUAGAUGUUUUUGAUGAUAGGUUAUCACUUUCUGGCACUGAUAGAAUGAAGAGCACAGAAAUGAUUUUCUGUCGUUGAUUUUUGAAAGAAUGGCAGAUUAUAGAAGUUAUGACCAAUUCUGAGUUGCAGUUACUGAUACGGAAUGUAGUUAGUAUUCACGGAAAAACCGUUUUUAUCUCAGGAAAGUGUAAGAUGGUUACGCUGAUCUAUAUUAAUCUGGAUUUCCUUCCAAGAAGUCCACCAUUGAUACUAUACUAUGAUGAUCCUUUUUCUUGUUCGUGGAGCCUUUGAUUGAACCAAAAAUCAAUAAAUCUCAAACAUUGUUGUUAGU